UCAUCCUCCUCCAGUCCUCCUUCGAGCUAGCGAGAGAGAGAGAGAGAGAGAGUGCGGCGGAGGCGAUGGCGAGCGGAGGGAAGGGUCUGAACGCGACGGGGGAGUUCUUCCGGCGGCGGGACGAGUGGCGGAGGCAUCCGUUGGUGGGGAACCAGCUGCGCCAUGCCACCCCGGGGCUCGGCAUCGCCAUCGUCGCCUUCGGGAUCUACCUCGUCGGCGAGGCCGCCUACAACCGCCUCUACCGCCCCUCCGGCGACCACCACCACUAGAUCUCCGGCCGGAAUCUGCCUCCGAGGAAAAGUAGCUGGAGCAAAUUUUACCAAGCACUGGUAUUGUUGAUCUUUUCCAGUUUGAGCUCAUAAGGUCAACCAUGACCAUCAUGUAAUUUAUGACCAGGCCACCAGGGAAACAUUCGUACUGGUCAGACUAGUGUUCAUGGGACCCUGUCAUAUACUUGGUAUUUGGAAAUGGCAAUGUUCUUAUUAUUCUCAA